UUAAGGUGUUAUCCACACAUAGGUUGUGUUGCUUUUAAUAUUUUUGUGGGAUUUUGACAUUGCUUUUUUUGGUACAAUGGCUAAAACAUUGAUUGUGACAUUCCUCCUUUGUGUUGCUGUAGCCACUGUUGCAGCAGCAACGACCCUUUCACCAACUACAACAACCCUAAAAUCUACAACUACAACAAYACCAGCGGCUCCACCAUCUACAACCAUGGAAGCUACAGUUACACCAACACCAAAGCCUCCAACCACAACCAAAGCUCUGACCACAACUAAAGCUCUGACCACAACUAAAGCUCUGACCACAACUAAAGCUCUGACCACAACUAAAGCUCUGACCACAACAACGAAAUCUCCAACAACACCUGCACCAACUUCAACAGCUACUCCACCAACAGGAACUUCACCAACAGAGGGUUCGAGUGUUUCACCAAACACAGGAUCUUCCCAAACGAACGCUCCCUCCACAGCACCAGUACCUGCAACUCCAAAACCUCCAGGUGCUUGUGCUUCAAACCCAUGUCCUGCUGGAAGCACCUGUGAGGAACAUUUCAACCAGACUUUCUAUUGCYGGUGUCUUCCUGGUGAAGUUUAUAACGGUGUAUUCUGUCUAAGGGCCCAGGUCUUCCCUGGACAGCUAGUCUGGAAGAAAAAAUUUCAGCCUGAAAUGGCCGACAAAACAUCACAAAUAUUUUUGGAGACUUAUUAUGAAAUUUGGUCUGGGGUUCACGAACAGUUUAAAGAUAAAAAUGGAUAUCUUGGACUUGAAGUGCUGGAGCUCCGGGAAAUAGUAUCAAAAGAGAGGUCAACGCAAGGCAAUAUUGAAGCAACAAUACAAAUCGUCUAUGAACCAACUGCUGAAAUCACUGAACAAGAUGUAAAAGAAACAGUGGAAAGCASUCCACUGGCAGACAGCUUUACAGCCAAAAGCCUUUGUGAUUUCGAUCCAUGCGACACUUCAACUUCAACAUGCAAAUCUACAGUCGGCAGUUUCACAUGCARCUGUAAAGAUGGMUAUAAAGAAACAGAUUACAGUGAAAGAUUAUGCGUGGGUAAGGAAAUAUAA